CUUAAACAUUUGGAAGACAAUCAUGUCCUAAGUCAGAGAUUAAAAGUUUUUAGUUUAAACCUACUUCGUCUAUCGGUGUCUCUCUCUUUCUCUCUCUCUCGCCACCGAUCAUCAUGGUCACCACCGCCCUCGAAAUCUACGUCAUCCGCUGCUUCUUUUGAUCUCUAGCUCUCUCCAAAGAUGCAUGCGUUGCUUGAUUUCGGGAUUUGGGGAAGUUCCAAUUCAUUCGAUUGAAAAAGGCUCAGCCUUUUUUGAUUUUGGAAGAAUUGGUGGUGGGAUCUAUCAUCUAUGGAUCGGAAACGUUGAGAUUGAUUUGCAGAGAGACGUUUCUGGGUUUGAUUGAUCUGUGCCUAUAUUGUCAAGUUUGGUGUUCUUUGAGCUCUGAUGACGAGUAGUGUUCAAGGAGAGACAAUGGAUCUUGAUUUGAAUCAAGAGCCAUCUUCUGAUUCCGAGUCUCCGGGUGGUUUGAUGACGGAGCUUUCUCCAUGGUUAAAUGAGCUUGAAUCUGCUCAAGAGCGGAUUCAAGAACGCAUAAGACAGCUUGAAGCAAUAGUUUCAAGAAUCAGGGAACGAGAAAUAACUACAACUACGACACCGGCUUUGGUGUCGCUUAACGAACAUAGAGAUUCAACUGCAGGAGUUAUACAUGAGCGUUCUCGUGAGAGAUUGGUCGAAAACGGCGAAAACAAGACUUAUUUGAUAGCAAAGGCAUUGAACAUGGAGAAAACAAGUUCUGUUCCUGGUGGGUUCUUUGACUGCAACAUAUGUUUAGAGAAAGCUGAAGAUCCGAUUUUGACUUGUUGUGGUCAUUUGUUCUGCUGGGGUUGCUUCUAUCAGUUGCCUUUGAUUUAUUUAAACAUAAAGGAAUGUCCUGUUUGCGAUGGGGAAGUGACUGACACCGAGGUGAUCCCGAUAUAUGGUAAUGGAGAUGAUUGUGAUGGUACUAAACCCAAGUUAGAAACUUGUGGUAUUAGUCUACCUCCAAGGCCUAAUGCUAAAAGAGUGGAAAGUGUUCGUCAAAAGAUCAUAAACCGGGCGAUUCCGUUCCCUGGGCACGACGAAACAAUCGAACAUAUUAGAAGAACUAUUGAUUCCAUAGGACUACAAGCAUUAGCUCAAGGCGAUGAGUUUGGUUUGACAAACAUAAUAAACAAUGGUGGGCAACAACAACAACAUCAUCAUCAUCAUCAUCAUCCGCCUUUUGGACCUUUGAGGUUAAUGACACCAUAUGCUGCUUUCCCAGGUCUUGUAGUUGAUACCUCAGACAUACCGCCUUUUGAUGAUGAUGCUUUCGAUGUUGAUAGUUUUGGUGACACAACUAGUUUGAGAAGAAACCGUCGAAGACCUUCACCAGCCGUACGAGCUUCUUAUCAGAGAAACCGAACUAACAAUGCUUCUCAGACGAUUUCGUUCAGGCUCGGUUCUUCAGCUUCAUCAGCACCUAGAGAGUUUGCUGUUCCGAGCUCCUCCAUUACGACGAGAAGCCAAACUGUAAAUCCUACUGAAGUGGUUACUUUGGGUACAUCCGCUUCAUCGUCUAGGAGAAGAACAGAAGAUGUAAACAAUGGACCUCGGACCAGGUCUAGAAGGAGGCUGAGGUAACUGUAAAAUCGUCGCCGGAAUCUUGACACUUCGUCUGAUUUUCGAUUAUUGCUGAAUCUCCAUCAUUACUAAAACCUCAUUAGACUCUGUCUUCUCUGAAUAUGGCUGGAUGUAUGUAUGCACAUUAUAUGUGUCCUUGUAAUCUCUGCUAGUCUCUUAAACUUUGGAUAUAAUAGCUUUGUUUUUUUGGGAAAAUAAUUUAUUUAACUUAAUUUCUUGAA